AGCUGAGAGCAAACAAGUUCACGUAAGCGGCUAGUCGGAAAGCGAUUUACCGUCGGCAAACAGGUCAUCGCGAUACAAAUUACCAUAUCGUCCGCAACGCUAUCCGAAUGCUUCACGCACCAGAUACGCUCGGCCGAGAGCGCGCGCACGCGGCAGCGGUCACUAACACAAGCACUCGCGUCGCGAUAUACUGCGUCUUAUCGUCCGAGGAGAGCACAUUUCGAGCGACGAAUAUAACGAGAGUCUCAGUGGCGGGAAUUAUCAGUACGUCGCUAGUUCUCGAGCCUACAACAAGUCCGGUAAAAAGUUUCUCAAGUGCAGCUGCCGAUAUGAAGCUCCUGAUUUUCAUGCUGUUGAUCGUCGUUACCAUGAGCGCCGCUCAAUUGAUCCCCAAGAUCUUCGGAGAGCCGUGCAACGGAGCGCAGAAUGCGCUGUGCAGCACCAAGUGUCUCUUCGGCAACAAAAUCUGUGUCAAGUCCGAGGCGAGUUUGGGCUACACCUGUACGUGUAUCAACGCGUAGAAGAGCCGAGGCGCCGCUAAUUUAUGAACCAGCAUCAUCUAUCUGGAAUUCGGGAAAAACCUAACCGACGUUGCAAAAGAACACGUACUAUCAACAUGUACUCGAGCACAGCAAACAAGAUAAUUUUUUUCUCUUUCUAUCAUCUCUAUCCAAGAAAAGCUGACAAGUAACUAUUUAUCGCUAACCUCUGCCACUCAAUUUGUAACACUUAUCCGUUGAAUAUUCAGAGAGCGUUAUUUUAUACAAUCGUUAUACUUUCAUUUAUAUAAAAUACUGAUUUUUUAAGCUAAA